AGCAAAAACAGAAACAGAAAAUGUUACCGGACUGGCGAGUCAUCCAGAGGGACUUUCUGUCGUAACAACCAUAAAUUGUGGCUUGUACAUGCAUGCGUAGUGUGUGGAGACGUUUGACGGUAGUCAGGAGUUGAUGUUUACAUUCAUCAAAAUGGAUUGGGACAGUGUUCAUACUAUUUGCAUAUUCCUGCUUUUAGCAGAAGGCGCAGUGCAUUUAGGAAGUUGCGCAUCAGCUGUAAAUGGUGGAGAUGACACGUUUACUAUCCAGCACAAUAGCACUGGGAAGUGCCUCCUGGUCCAGAACGGAGAUUUGAAGUUGGGAGAGUGUUCGCCGGUCCAAGACAUCUUAUGGAAGUGGGGUUCGGGCCACAGGCUGUUCCACAUGAAGUCGGCUAUGUGUUUGGGUCUGGAGGUGCGUACCAAAACGGUGACCCUGUUUAGCUGCGACUCCGCAGAGAUUCUGAAGUGGAAGUGCAACGAGGACAACAUCUACACAGAAUACCAUAUGAAGCUGAGCGCGUCACCCGAGGGUAAAGUGACUGCCAAGAGAGACGUACAGGACGCUUGGAAGCGAGGAGGAUCCUCGGAGAACAUCUGUCAGCAGCCUUACCGAAAAAUGCACACAAGUGGGGGAAAUUCAAACGGUGCACCCUGUGAGUUUCCCUUUCUCUACAAUGGGACCUGGUACCACAGCUGUCUGCCUGGCACCGAUGAACCAGCACUAGAAUGGUGCUCCACCACAGCAAACUUUGAUCAAGAGCAGAAGUGGGGAAAUUGUUUGAAAUAUGUGAAAGGUUGUAAUAUUUUAUGGGAAAAAGCCCCCGGGAAUGGAAGUUGCUACCAGGUGGUGUCCACCGCGGUGGUGUCCUGGCAUGAGGCACGGGACGCCUGUCGCAGUCAAGGUGGUGACCUGCUCAGCAUCUCCAGCCCUCAAGAGCUUGAGUUCUUUCAAGUUCGGAAAGAUUUGCCAAGCAAACUGUGGAUCGGAUUAAACCACCUGGACUGGAUGCAGGGGUGGCAGUGGUCUGAUGGAUCUGCUUUGUCUUUUGCCCCAUGGGAAACAGGCAUCCCAAUUAGAUCCCUUAUAUCAGAUGAAGACUGUGGCGUUGUGACGGAGCCGCUGCGUUUCGGAGCUGAGAAGUGUGAGAACCAGCUUCCAUUCAUCUGUGAGAAGAAUGAAGGACAGUCUGAGAGUUCAGUCAGGGAGGUGUAUAAGCCCACGGUGUGUAAGGAUGAUUGGGUUGGAUGGAAAGGGUUCUGUUAUCAGCUUUACAAGGGAAAAGACGCCCCACUAUCCCAGACAGAAGCUAAGUCGAUGUGUAAAAUGGCUGAUGCUGAGCUGGCCAGUAUAAACGGCAUAGAGGAUGUAGAAAUGCUACAUGUAAACUUUCACAUAGAUUUAAAGGCAAAUGUUUGGAUUGGUCUUGAGGGUGAUGGAUCUUCCUCGGUUUUUAAAUGGAUCGAUAAAUCACCAGUGUCUUUCACAUACUGGGCCAGGGCUCAACCUCCACCACUUCUUCCAAAUACCACUAACUGUGUCUACUACUCAGGAGAGCAUUAUACAUGGUCUGUGUCUGAGUGUGACAAGCAAAGACAUUACAUGUGCAAGAGGCCGGGAACAGUAAAUGAUAGCUUGCCAGAAGAGGGCUGCCCUCCAGAUGGGAACUGGAAGAGACACAGCAAUGCUUGUUAUAAAGUGGACCCUGAGCUAGUAUACUAUAAAAACAGCUGCCACAUCAACAUUAAUAACAAAUUUGAACAGGCUUUCAUUAACAGUCUUCUGAAGGAGCACAUGAGCUCUGAGACGUUGUAUUUCUGGACGGGCCUGCAGGAUUCAAAAGGUUCUGGAGAAUAUCAGUGGAUCAGUCAGGAUGGGACAGCGGGCCAGCUCACAUACACCAACUGGAGAUGGCGAGAACCAGUUUUACUCGGCGGGUGUGUGGUGAUGUCUGCAGGAAGUCCCAUGGGCCAGUGGGUUGUUAAGAAUUGUACUCUAUUCAAAGCUGGAAAUAUCUGUAAGAGACCCAUUAAAUCCAUGGUGGAGCCUACUCCAGUUCCAAUCAAGCCCGACCUUAAUGCUUCCUGUGCCCAAGGAUGGGUCUCGGAGAAAGACAAUCCUUACUGCUACAAGGUGUUCAACGAGGAGCGUUUGACCCGAAAGCGUACUUGGGAAGAGGCAGAGCGAUUUUGUGAAGCGCUGGGAGCUCAUCUGCCCAGCUUUACUAAUGUUAAAGAAAUGCAAGCAUUAGAGUUUAUCCUGAAAGGCACUAUAAGUAGUGAUCGUUUUCUCUGGGUGGGGCUAAAUCGAAGAAACCCGAAUAACAACAAUAACUGGGAGUGGAGUGAUGGACGUCCAGUCUCUAUGACAAUCUUUCCAGGAGAGUUUCAAGAGGAUGAUGAAUAUAACAGGAAUUGCAUUGCUUUUAAGACGUCUAAAGUAUACUACAGGCAGUUUUACUUCAUGCAUUUACUUCACUACCCCGCGUAUACUCGGCCGUUCGAUCCCAACACUUUUCACUGUGAUGCUGAAUUGGAGUGGGUGUGUCAGAUACCACGAGGUCAAACACCGAAAACCCCAGAGUGGUACAACCCAGAUGGACACCAUAACACAUCUUACUUCAUAGACGAUCAAGAGUUUUGGUUUGUAACAGAGCCAAAGUUGUCAUUUGAUGAAGCUGUUUUGUACUGCAGCAGCAAUAAUAGUAAACUCGCAGCACCCAAGAGUACUCAUGCUCUCCAGGUCCUUCGGCAACAACUUACUAAGUAUGUAAAUUUACCUGAGAAGCGAUGGAGAUUUUGGGCAGACAGUCGCUUUCGUGGUCCUCAUGUGCCAUAUAUGGUGAGCCCUAUGCACUACUAUCAUACUUCAUUAAUGGGCAGAUGCACCUUCAUCUCGCCCUAUCUUGAACGUGGAAUUCGAGCGGACUGUUAUGAAAAACAGCCGUUUGUGUGUGAGACCCUUAAUGUCACAUCUACAGAGAAAGGAAAUCAAACAGAACCCCAACAACCUCGCUCGAGAUGUACAGGCACAACCCAGCAUUUCAGAGACAAGUGCUACUGGAUAUUAUCAGACUCUUUUUUACAGAGUUUCAAACAAGCCAAUGAGCUCUGUAAGAGUCUGAAAGGCUCGCUGCUCACCGUAUCUGACCAGGUUGAACAGGAUUUCAUCAAUUCCCUUUUACCACAGUUACCACAGCAGCCUAAAAGCCUGUGGAUUGGACUAAAGUUCAAACCUGGUGAUACUCAAUGGGUUGACAAUUCGCCGGUUUCAUACUUGCACUUCAAUCCACUCCUACAUGGUCAUGUCCGACCCAUGUUCAUUAAUUCAUUUGAAGAGGAGUCCAUGGAGCUUUGUGCCUUCAUGUAUACCGAUGCCCAUUCUGACUUGAUGGGUACCUGGGACUUCGCUCCCUGCACUGACCGUCAGCCUUCCAGUAUCUGUCAACAUUAUGCAGAUAAACCAGAAGAACCAGUUGUGUCUCAAGAACAAUUUACGGCUGAUAAUCACACAUUUAAGAUACUGGAGAAAAACGUAACAUGGAUAGAUGCUCAACAGUUGUGCCUUGAAGAGAACAUGACCCUGGCCAGCAUACCAAAUACAUAUGUCCAAGCAGUACUGACAGUUGAAGUUGUUCGGAGAGGACAGCCCCUCUGGAUUGGCCUCUUUAGUGAAGAUGAUGGAGAGCACUAUCAUUGGAUAGACCACAGCCAUACUGUGUUUAGCCGUUGGACCCCUGAAGCCACAGCAGGGUCGUGUGUGUAUCUGGAUACUGAUGGGUUUUGGAAAGCUACCAGUUGUGAAGAACAACUUUCGGGAGCACUCUGCCAUAUCCCACACUCUGAGAGCAUCGCACCUGAAGUGGAUACGAUAAAAUGUCCUCACAAGAGUAAUGGACAGAACUGGAUUCGAUUCAGGAACAACUGCUACACAUUACUGCUCGGCUCCUCCAGGUGGAGCAAGAGCGACAUUAAUGACCCACAGAUAUGCAAGAAUCUUGCUGCAAACGGAGAAGCUCUGACCAUUCGGGAUGAGGAGGAGAAUAAUUUUAUCACGCAGCAGCUGCAGCCGUUUAAGAAUCUGGCUCGGUUUGUGUUUCUGCCAAUGUACAAAAGCACGACAGGUACAAAAGUGUUACUUUCUCAUGCUGAUGAGCAGCUGAAGUGGCUGGAUGACAGCAAUGUCCAGUACUCUAGUUGGAGACACGGUGAAAGACCGAAUAUUACACAGCCCUUUAUGGUUGGGCUAAAUCUGGAUGGAGAAUGGCAGGUGACAACCAAAUCAGAGUAUUUCAAUCCCGUCAAACAGCGGACUAUUGUGAUGUGCAAGAUUGAGAAUGAUCUCAAAGAUGAGUUCAUGAAGAAUGUGGUUGACGUUCAGGCUCCAGAAGGCAUCAGUUAUCGUCGGGUGGCCAAAAAAAUGGACUGGUAUCAGGCACUACAGGAGUGUGGCAGUAACGGAGGUCAUCUCGCCAGCAUCACUGAUAAAACAAAUCACGACAACAUGGCAACGAUCGCCAGAAGAGAUGGCUUCUCCCUUUGGAUCGGCCUUUCCAAUCAAGAUCUAAGUGGAUGGCCCUUUGAAUGGUCAGAUGGGACUCCGGUAAAAUACAGACCUGAUGGAUUUGUCUAUGAUGGCCAUGGAACUGAGGAAAAGUGCGUGUUUGUUGACUCUAAAGGCAUAUGGACGGCGGUUAACUGCCAUGCGACUCAAGAGGGGGCCAUCUGCUACAACCACGUCAAUGACAAGACCAGUGCGCUUGUCUCUACUGAGAGCAGCAGCUGUCCAAAGAGUAAUGAUCAGACAUCUUGGGUUGUAUUUAAAGAUCACUGUUACUCUUUGAAUAUGCACAACUACACCGUACUGAACAUGGAGGAGGCCAAAAAUUUGUGUCAGGCAUUGGAUUCAUCCUCCAAGCUGUUAACCAUCAAGAGUAAAGAGGAGAAUGAUUUUGUCUCCAAGUUUUUAAAUGAAAACCCUUCCAUCACCAGUCGAGUGUGGCUGGGACUCAACAUGGACUCAAAAGGUAAACCCACAGGAUGGGAAGAUGGCAGUGAGUUGGACUUUUCUAGCUGGGACCCAAAAUUAGGGCCAGAGUUAUCAACGAAUACAUUGCAGAUAUGUGCAGUCAUGGUGUCGAGUACAGGUACCUGGACCCAAGCUAGCUGCUCAAACAGUCGCAGUCGAAUUGUCUGCAAAGCACCUGCCAAAUCUGGGAAGCCCGUGGCUGUGGUCUUUUUCGUCAUCGUGCUCAUCUGCAUUAUCGCGGCUGUUGGAUUCAUAAUUUACAAGAAAACCCGACACCGCUUCACUUCGACUGUACGAUACCAACGCAACUUUGAUGACGCGGAUGACACAAGUAUGAUCACAGAUGCAGAUUGAUGCUUAACCUCCAUAUUUGAUGUCAAAUGAAGUGUAGCUACAACGUGCCUUACAGUACAAACACUUUACUAUGUCAACAACAGACAUACCCAUCUCAGUGAUUCAAACUAAAGUUAUUUAUUAUUGUUCAUGGCACAAAACAGCUCAGUCGGACAUCUCGACAGGAGUGGUGUUAAAUUAUUUUUAGGUUUUAAUCUUUAAAUUAAAAUGUCUGAAAUGCUUGUAUUUUUAAUGAGAGGACUGCAGGUACUUAUAGGGAAAGUUCACCUUAAAAUGAAAAAAACUUUACUUAUCCUCAUGUUUGGCCAAUCACAUAUGUCAUUCCUACAUAUUCCAUUCUGUACAUAGAACAAAAAAGGAGUUAUUUAGCAAACCUCUUUCCUAUAAAACAAAAGUGAAUGGGGACCAAUGUUUACCUGGCCUAUAUAAAAAAAAUCCUAGACAUUUUGUUAAUCUCAAAGUUUGUGUUUUACUAUAGAACAAAAGUCACAUGGUUUAAAAAAGCAUGAAGAUGAAUUAAAUAAAUUGUACUUUUGGGUAAACCUUGUAUGUGUAACUUUGCCUUAGCAUUAUUUGAUCAGGGUUUUUCACUCUUGGUCAGCACUAAAUAAUAACGUUUAGGGUUGAUAUGGUUUUAAACUUUUUCUCUUAUUGAAGAUGUGAUUUUAACAGAGCUUAACUAUUUACAAAUCAUUUAAAGCACCUUGGUGAGAAUUCUAAAACUGGAUUGUUUCAUUCGUUUGAUUUAUUUAUUUGUUUUUCUGUAUUUGUAUUUAAGACUUUCUGAAUGUCACUCCUUGAAGUAUGAAUUUAAAGAUUUUAUAAACUUAAAAUCGAAUGAAAUGAAUCAGCAGCCAACAGAAAUAAACAUUCCUGUCAAACUAGCCAUGAUGGUGUUUUCCCAAAAAGCAGGUUGUAUCUGUUUCAGAUGAAGCAUUUGUUCAAAAUUCCUGUAAUGACCGCCUUGGAUGUGUGAAAUGUACUUUUGCCAUUAUGGCCUUUGUUCAUUACAGUAAUAUUUAAGUGCUGUACAACAGUUUAUGUCAAAGGUAAAUGUCCGUGCACUGAAUGCUGUACAUCUAUGAUAAGGUAGUAAUUGACACAGUCAAUUGUAAUAUGUAAUAUCCUAUGCACUCUUAUGCUUAACUCAAACUUACUACUGAGAUGUGAUGCACUUUGAGCGGUGUGAAAUCUAACUUUAAGCACAAAUUACACUUUAGAGAAGGAUUUAUGCUUUGUACAUAUUUUGUAGUAUUUAUGUAGUUUUUGCUGUUUAUUGUCUGUUUAGGUUUUUUCUUUAAGACAAGCAAAUUACACCAAAGAUACUUUUGGAAUUGUUGGUAAUCUGUUGCAAUGUUUUCAUGUUGCAGAGACUUUUAAAGAGAAUAUAUUGUGAUCCCUUUUGUUACUUGACUGCAUUUUGGCUUUCCUCUGUUUUGACUGCAGCAGAAGAUGCUCAAUAAAACAAUGUGAUUCUUCGGAUAUUAAA